AUGGACGGACUGCUGAUCGACUCGGAGAGGGUGUACACCGAUGUCACCAACAACAUCCUCGCGCGGUACGGCAAGACUAUGACCUGGGACAUCAAAGCCGGGCUCAUGGGCAAGCCCGAGCGCGACGCCGCCGCGCACCUGCUCUCCUUCUUCCCCGACCUCCCUCCCGCCUUCACGAUCGACGCGUACCUCACCGAGCGGCGCGUCGCGCAGGACGCGCUCUGGCCCAGCGUGCGCCCGCUGCCCGGCGCGGUGCGCCUCGUGCGGCACCUCACCGCGCAUCGUGUGCCGAUCGCGCUCGGGACGGGCUCGCAGCGCCGCAACUUUGAGCUUAAGAGCGCGCAUCUCGGCGAUGCGCUCUUCGACGCGUUCGGUGGCCGAGUCGUGUGCGCGGACGACGGACUCGUGCGCCCCGGCCGCGGGAAGCCGCACCCGGAUAUUUUCCUGGUCACGGCGGAGACGUGUCUGGGGCGCGCCGUCGGGCUGGGGGAGGAGGGCGAGCCUGGGGUGGAGGUCUCGGACGAGCAGAGGAGGGAGAGGGCGAGUGGGCUUGUGUUUGAGGAUGCGAUUCCAGGGCUGCAGGCGGGGAAGCGGGCCGGUAUGAAUGUAAUUUGGGUCCCGGACCCUAAUAUACUAUUGGUGGAUGCGGCGAACCUUGGGUCGUCGGCAGGUGCUCACGAGGCUGAUCAGACACUGCGCUCUCUGGAAGACUUCGUGCCCGAGGAGUGGGGCUUGCCGCCAUACGACUCAUGA